AAGCGCGCGACUAAAGCUUGGAAACGUGUGGACAACGCGAGCCUUUCGGGUGAAGGCGACUUGACGUUUCAUAAGUAUUAAGGGCUGUUAUGUCUUUGAACAAGUCCAUGCAUCCCAGAAAUCGCUACAAAGACAAACCACCAGACUUUGCCUACCUGGCCUCCAAGUAUCCAGAAUUCCAAGAACAUGUGCACACCAACCUGAGUGGACGAGCCGUAGUGAAUUUCAAGGAGCCAGAGGCCGUGCGAGCUCUGACCUGCACCCUUCUGAAGGAGGACUUUGGUUUGAGCAUUGAGAUCCCUCUGGAGCGCCUCAUCCCCACUGUCCCUCUGCGCCUUAACUACAUCCACUGGGUGGAGGACCUCAUCGAUGGCCAGAAGCAACCACGUAGAGGCAUCGACAUCGGCACUGGUGCAUCUUGUAUCUACCCGUUGCUGGGAGCCUCCAUGAACGGCUGGUACUUUCUCGCAACCGAGGUGGACGAUAUAUGCUUUGACUAUGCCACCAGGAAUGUGGAGCAGAACAAUUUUUCUGACCUGGUUAAAGUCGUCAAAGUUCCCCAGAAGACUCUGCUGAUGGACGCUUUGAAAGAAGAGACAGAAAUUGUAUAUGACUUCUGCAUGUGCAACCCUCCUUUUUUUGCCAACCAGCUUGAAGCGAAGGGGGUCAAUUCAAGGAACGCACGGCGGCCUCCUCCCAGCUCGGUGAACACAGGGGGGGUGACAGAAAUCAUGGCGGAUGGGGGCGAACUGGAGUUUGUUAAGAGGAUCAUUCAUGACAGCCUGCAGCUCAAGAAAUGCUUGCGGUGGUACAGUUGCAUGCUGGGGAAAAAGUGCAGCUUGGCCCCACUGAAAGAGGAGCUGAGGAAGCAAGGGGUCCCCAAAGUGACGCACACAGAGUUCUGCCAGGGGCGCACCAUGCGGUGGGCGCUGGCCUGGAGCUUCUAUGAUGAUGUCAUCGUUCCGUCACCCCCCAGUAAGAAGCGUAAGUUGGACAAAGCGAGGAAGCCUCUUUCUUUCACGCUUCCCCACGUGGCUCUGAAGGAGCUCCAGGUGAAGGCCCGUGCUCUGGGCUGCACUGGCUGCCAUCCUGUGGAAGCCAUCACAACUCUGCUGGAGAAGGCGCUCACUGAGCUGCGGGUGCUGCACCAGCGUGUUCCGUGCAGGGAGCAGGAGCAGAGCCUCCUCCUGACCGCGGUGGCAAACACUUGGAUCCACGGGCGGCAGAAGCGACGCGAACAAAUGCGCCAGCUGCGAGAGCUGCCAAGAGCACAUCACAUUGCCACAGCUGCCGCCUCCAUGCCGUCCCUCACCCAAAACAACCAGGAGGAUGCCACUCAGGAGUCAGCUGACCAGCAGCUACCCGGAGAGCCGACUGGCGACAGUGCCCCGUCCGUUGAAAGCAUGAAGGUUACAAACACUUCAGGUGGAGCGGAACAGGAGCUCUUGGAAAAGGUUGCAAGUGAAGAUGUGGAAACGGUGAUUGGGGGCUGCCCUGCAGAAACAUGUUGCCCAAAGGACGCCGUUGAUGCUACAAACGAGACACCCUCAAAACAGCCAGGGAGCCCGGGGUCAGCGGAACGCUUCCUGUUUAAGUGUCUGCUGAAUGUGCUCCGUGAAGAGAGCGAUGCAGUGGUAGAGAUGCACUGGAUGGAAGGUCAGAAUAAAGACCUGAUGAACCAGCUGUGCACUUUCCUUAGGAACACUCUUUUAAAGGCUGUUGCCAAAUCCUGAAGAGAGAUAAGGGAUGCAAACUGCAUGUGAAGGUGUUUUUGAGAAAUUGCAACAAUUGUAACUGACUGUGUAUUUGAAAGUUAGUAACAAUCAAUGUUAGUCGAAGCCAUUUAAAUUUGUUGUACUUGUCAGUUUACCUUGUCAGGUAAUCUAUAGUGUACAUUUUAUACUUUAUAUUUCCAAACAUUUGGAAUAAAUGUUUUUUUUUUUAUAUGUUGUAAAAUGUUGGCUGCUUUGUGAUGCUUUAGAGGAUUUAUACAUGGUGUAUUCCCCAUUUGUUUUAGGAUUUCAUAAUAACCCCUGAUCCAAUUACAUGAAACUUUGUACAGACCUUAAAGCUAGGCCCAAAAGAUAAAUGUGUAUUUCUUAAACAUGGUUUAUGUUGAACAUUGUCAAGAAUUUCUGAGGAAAUGCUUUGCUGACAGUUAGUGGAAGUGUUGGUUAGCACACCUGCCUCAGUUUUGCGGCUGAGGGUUUGAAUCUUGGCUCUGAGGCUCCAGCCUACCUGGGACCCUUACACUACCAAGAGCUAUAGAAAAUGGAUGGAUGGGUAUUUUCCUUAAGUUGCAUGUCAAAUAUAUGCCUAGUAAUUACCUUGAUUUAUUCCCAAUUUGGUCUUGAAAAUGCACUAAUGGUUUUGGAAAAAUUGGCACGGUCUUUGGUGACAGGUCGCAGGUUAAAAACUUGCUGUUGACCGUUAUUGCAGAAUGCAUUAGUGCAUGGGUGUGGCUUGCCUCUCCCUAUCUAUACUAUAUGUAAUUAAUA